ACCGAUGAACAGACCCGGAUUGACGCAGGCCUCACUGGCAGCAUAGCAUUCGACAAUCGUGGCUUUCGGAAGGAUUAUAAGUUGGGUGUCUUUGAGAUGCUGACCGAUGGAGAACUUGAAAAUAUCGGGGUAUGGGACUCGAACAAGGGCCUAGAGAUAACAAAGAUCACCAAUAACAAAAAGCCGGCCACUAACGAUACGGCCAACAGAACGAGAAUCGUAACUACCAUAGAGUCGAAACCCUACUAUAUGCCGAAGAGGCAGACCGACGAGUCUGGUGACCUUUACGAGGGUUACGCGGCCGACCUCGCCCAAGAGGUAGCCAACGACCUGAAGUUCCAGUACAAGAUCCAGCUGGUGAAGGACAUGAAGUACGGAGAGAGGAUGGCUGACGGCACGUGGAACGGCAUGGUCGGAGAACUCACUAGGAAGGAGGCAGACUUGGCCAUCGCUCCCCUGACGAUCACCUCCAUCAGAGAGAGGGUCAUCGACUUCAGCAAGCCCUUCAUGAGCCUUGGCAUCUCCAUCAUGAUUAAAAAGCCGGAGAAACAAAAACCAGGUGUGUUCAGCUUCAUGGAGCCACUGUCGCAAUCCAUCUGGUACUGCAUCGUCAUCUCUUAUCUCGGGGUCAGCCUAGUUCUCUUUCUGGUGUCGAGGUUCUCUCCCAAUGAGUGGCAGAUCGAGGAAACGAGCUACCAGGGAGGGCUCUCCUUCACCAAUGACUUCACCCUCCUCAACAGUCUGUGGUUCUCGCUGGGGGCCUUUAUGAGGAGAGGCUGUGAUGUCUGCCCGAGAUCAUUAUCAGGACGCAUCGUGGGCAGUGCCUGGUGGUUCUUCACCCUCAUCAUCAUCUCGUCCUACACCGCCAACCUGGCCGCCUUCUUAACGGUGAGCAGUUUUGGAGAAGCUGUUUGA